UCAUGUCAGUAAAUCAUUAUUGAGGGCACGUAACGUGGCUGCUCCACCCACUUUUACGUGCACUUUAAAGAAGAACAGUGCCAACGCGUACUCCUCAACUUAGGAUAAACGGGUGUACUCAAACAGAAAUCACUGCAGGCUUGGGAGAAUAUGCAGCUUCUCAUUUUAGGGACACUUGGCCUGUUUGUUGGGGUCACAGUUGCUGUGCCUGCAAAGGAGAAGCGUGUACAUCAUAAGCCUGACCUCAGUGACCAUGUUCAUGAUGAUGCCCAUGGAUACCAGUAUGACCACGAGGCCUUCCUGGGCAAAGAGGAAGCCAAGACCUUUGACCAGCUAAGCCCUGAGGAGAGCAAAGAGAGACUAGGAAAGAUUGUGGACAGGAUUGACACAGAUAAGGAUGGCUUCAUCAGUCAUGCUGAGCUGCACCACUGGAUCAAGCACAGGCAGAGGAGGUACAUCGAGGAGAACGUGGACAAGCACUGGAAAGAGUACGACCAGAACAAGGAUGGGAAGAUUGGCUGGAUCGAGUACAAGAACACCACCUACGGAUAUUACAUGGAUGUAGAGUUUGAUGAUGUGGAGGAUAAGUCGAGUUACAAAGCCAUGCUCACUAGAGAUGAAAGACGGUUCAAGUCUGCAGACCGGGACGGGGACGGUGUUGCUACCAGAGAAGAGUUCACUGCCUUCCUCCAUCCAGAGGAGUUUGACCACAUGAGAGACAUUGUGAUACAGGAAACAAUUGAAGACAUUGACAAGAAUGGUGAUGGUAAGAUUGAUCUGCAGGAAUACAUUGGGGACAUGUUCAACCCUGAAAAUGGAGAGAAUGAACCAGAUUGGGUCAAAACAGAAAAGAAACACUUUUCAGAGUUCAGAGACAUGAACAAGGCAUGUAUUGGGAAGAACAUUUUUUAGCAUUAUUUUUUAGCAUUUAACCAAACAAAUCAUGGUUCAUGAUUUGUUUGUGUUUGUUAGGACGGUUUCCUUGAUGCCAGUGAAGUCUCUCAUUGGAUCCUCCCUGGAGAGGUGGACCAUGCUGAUAACGAGGCCCGGCAUCUCAUUCAUGAAACUGAUAAAGACAAUGAUGACAAAAUCACAAAGAAGGAGAUUCUGGCAAACUGGAACAUGUUUGUCGGGAGCCAAGCAACUAAUUACGGAGAGGAUCUCACCAAAAGACAUGAUGAACUUUAAUGCUGGCAUAUCUGGGUACGGGGUGGGCAAUAUAUUUGCGGUGUAGGUGAGAAGACAGGAAACUGAAUAUGAAAAUAAAAGUGUUGGGUAGGAACAUUUCCAGAGCCAAAAGUCAGGGAUUAGGCUUCAGAGAAGAUAGGCAUCCUAGUGAGACAGAUGAAAGCUUUAUUUAUUGUCAAACACAUUUCGUCCUUUGAAACAAAUCACAGUCCUUAUGAACAGACACUCCAGCUUGCUAAUUGCGCAGUACUGGACUGAUAUCUUCCAAUUGAGAGAUGCUCAGGAAUACAGCACUGAAUACAAGUCCAGUUGCAUCAGUAUUCAAAAUAACAGUCUUGACUGUUACAAAGUAAAUUUCACAUUAGUGGUCUGUGAUUCCACACUCAACAUAUCACUUACAUGAAAAGAGGCUUAGGUGCUGAGAAAUUAAGCCAGAGGGAGGGAAAGAGGGCCAGGGAUUCAAUAGAUGGGAGGAGACCAAAGUGAUUGACACUUUAUUGUUGGAACAUUUUUCUCUCUGUGAAUUCUUAAUAAAACCAUGUUAGUUUUUUAA